UCUGUACAAAAAGAAAACCAGGCUUGUUUGGAAUUGAAUGAGUUAUGCUGUGUAUUUCUCUGAAAACCUGAUUUUGUCUUUAGCCCAUUUCCAAACAAGCUCUUAUACUGGUUCUUCUUCUUCUGCUUGCUGCUGUCUAGUCUCUGCCUGCCUGAGAAUUCAUGGCUAUAUUAGAACAGAAAUGGCUUCUUCAUCUUCUUCUGUUGCUGCCAUUGUGAAAUGUCAUCCAUACCCUCCUCCACUAGCUAAAUUUGAGGUUAUCACAGUCAAUCCAUGCCUAUUCAUGGAGACAUUGGAGAAGCUCCAUGCUUCCUUAGGGACCAAGUUCAUGAUCCCAGUUAUAGGUGGGAGAGACCUGGAUUUACAUCGUCUUUUUGUCCAAGUUACCUCUCGUGGAGGUUUUCAUAAGAUUGUGAAGGAGAGAAGAUGGAGGGAGAUAACAGCAACAUUCAACUUCCCAUCAACAGCUACAAACGCAUCUUUUGUUUUGAGAAAGUAUUAUGCAUCUUUGCUUCUUCAUUAUGAACAAAUCUACUUGUUUAACGCCAAGUUUUGGUCUCCAUCCUCCUCUGCUGAUCAUGUUUCACCAAUUCCUAUGGAAAUACCUUCAUUGCCAUCUUCAGAAGUAUUAUAUGCGGGUUCCUCUGUAAUAGGAGUGAUAGAUGGGAAAUUUGAAAAUGGUUAUCUAGUCACUAUUACGAUUGGAUCGGAGAAGUUAAAGGGAGUAUUAUAUCAAACUGUUGAAACCCAUAUUCAAAACAACGAUGAUCCUCCUUCUGCCGGAGUUUUGGGAAGAAGGAGGCGGAGGAGGAGGAAAUCUGAGAUAAGAAAGAGAGACCCAUCUCGUCCAAAGCCAAAUAGAAGUGGGUAUAAUUUCUUUUUCAAAGAGCAACAUGCUAGAUUAAAACCUCUUUACCCUAGAAUGGAUAGAGAUAUCAGUAGGAUGAUUGGGGAGCUAUGGAUGACAACGAAUGAAUCAGAGAAAACUGUGUAUCAAGAAAAGGCAAUGGAGGAUAAAGAACGGUACAGAUUGGAGAUGGAUGAGUAUAGAAUGAGGUUAAUUUCUGGGCAGGGUAUGAUUAGAAAUCCUGUUCAGAUUCAACCUGUUAAUAUGGUUGAAGAUGUUCAACCAGAGAUGGAGAAUAUUUCGGGUGAUGGAAGCAGCAACUCAGAUGAUGAUGAAGAAGAAGAAGCGUAUAUGGAUGCUAUGAGUGAUUAUAAUCAGAUUUCUGGUGUGCCAAUGGAAGGUGAAGAGUGUUUUCGAGGUUCUUCUACUAGAGUUCUUGAUUUGGCUAUGGAUGGGAAAGGAAAAGAACCUAUAACUGGAGAAGGAGAAGAUAUGUAACUAAAUUGAGGUUUAGGGUUUUCCUUUGUUUAGACAUACAUGAGUUUAGAAUUUAAAUUUAUUGGAUUUCUAGAGGAAAAGGGGAAUGUGAAGAAGAUAUGGGUGUUGGGAACUUGAAAUGGAUCAUCAUUUCAUUGUUUUCUAACAAAUCUUUAAAGAAGAAUGUAAUAGAAUGAUUUGGAGA